GGCAGCCUGGUUUUCCAAAGAUCUGCAACUCUUAUCACUCCUCUCUCUCUCUCUCUCUCUCUGUAUUAUGUAUACAUACAUAUAUUAUUCGCUAUAGUUUGAUUCCUAAAAUACCCAUGUCGGCUUUGGAAAGGGGGAAAAAAAGAAUUGAAUAUGCACCACUUUUUCUCCAAUUUAUCAUAAUUUUAUGAUCAUCAGUACAUCUUGACAGAGACUGAUAUUCCAGCUGGAGAAAAAACUUAAAAGCAAGCAGCUGCCUACCUCAUUCUCUCCUUCAACUCCAGCGAAGCAUAAUGGAGAGAAGGAGAAGCCCCUCUUCUCCUCCAUUAAUGAUCUCCACCUCUCUUCUCUUCAUUGCAGCUUUAAUGACGGUCUGUUCGCAAUCUUCUGUAACUUCAUCAAAACCAUCCUUCAAAGACAACUUCAGCAUCAUGUGGUCUGAAGAUCAUUUCAAAACAUCUGAAGAUGGCCAGAUCUGGUACCUCUCCUUGGACAAUGACACAGGCUGUGGGUUUCAAACGAAGCAGAGAUACAGAUUUGGGUGGUUUAGCAUGAAGUUGAAGCUGGUCGGAGGUGACUCGGCCGGUGUUGUAACAGCCUAUUAUAUGUGCUCGGAGAAUGGGGCAGGGCCAGAGAGAGACGAGUUGGAUUUUGAAUUCUUGGGAAACAGGAGCGGGCAACCAUAUCUGAUCCAGACGAAUGUAUACAAGAAUGGAACUGGAGGCCGCGAGAUGAGACACAUGCUCUGGUUUGAUCCGACCGAGGACUUCCAUACCUAUUCGAUUCUAUGGAAUAACCAUCAUAUUCUGUUUUUUGUGGAUAGAGUUCCGAUUAGGGUUUACGAGAACAAUGGUAAAUCAAACAAUUUCUUCCCCAACGAGAAGCCGAUGUACUUAUUUUCGAGUAUAUGGAAUGCGGAUGAGUGGGCAACCAGAGGUGGGUUAGAGAAGACAGAUUGGAAGAAAGCACCCUUCGUCUCUUCUUACCAGGAUUUUGCAGUUGAAGGGUGCCAGUGGGAGGAUCCUUAUCCUGCAUGUGUAUCCACCACAACGGAGAAUUGGUGGGAUCAAUAUGAAGCCUGGCAUCUCACAGAUUCUCAGAAAAUGGAUUUUGCCUGGGUGCAGAGAAACUUAGUCAUCUAUGAUUACUGUAAAGAUUCCGAGCGCUAUCCUACAUUGCCAGAAGAAUGUUCGUUGAGCCCGUGGGAUUGAUCAUCAUAAUCACCCACCCACUACUCGUCUAUGUUCUUCAUACUACUCAAUUCACCAACAGUUUGUGGGGAAACCCAUGUCAUUGUAUCAUUGUUGAUGGGUCUUUUACAAUUAAAUUUAUUCAUUUUCGGAUGUAUAAUUAAUCUUACAUUUACUUCAAAUUAUUUUAUUUCCAUUC